UCCUGCAUCUUCAUCUACCAAGUCUUCUCUAGUAGCCCGCCUCCUUCACCAUAUCAGUGAUGUCGUCAUCUUCCGGACUCUACAUCCCAGUGCACCGACGGGUACCUUCAACGGGUUCACCGAGCUCAUCAGUGACUUCGUCACCAGCGCAUUCAUCAUGCUCAUUAUCACCCGUGCCUCAUGAUAGUCUGCCUAUCUACACGCCUUCAGACUUGCUACUACUAGCAUCAUCCCCUCUGUCAAAGUUAUCCCAUGAGGAGCUGAGCGCCUUGCGAGCUAUAGCACCAGAAAUCGUGCAGAGCCGCAGGCAGCGCAAAUCACACGACUGGCACACGAGACGCUCUCAGUUGCCCUCGCGGUCAUAUCCAAACUCUUCUGAAUCAGAGGGAGAGGAACUGGGAUGGAGGAAGUAACACAGGAACAUAUAUACCCGUCCGAGUCGACCAACUUCAUCGCUCGUGAUCAAAUCAAGGAUACCCCAAGAUCAAUGAUAAUCCACAACACCCUUCAAUUUA